AUGUCGAACUUGGCAAAGCUCGAAUUUGUUGCACUUGACAUCUCCGGAAAGAACUACCUUUCAUGGAUCAAUGAUGCUGAGGUUCAUCUUGAGGCUAUGAACCUAGGGGAAACCAUUAAGGAAGGCAAUGAGGCAUCCUCUGUGGAUCGAGCGAAAGCCAUGAUUUUUCUCAGACGCCACAUACAUGAAGGCUUGAAGUGUGAAUACCUUACUGUCAAGGAUCCGUUGGCCCUUUGGGGAAAUCUCAAGGAAAGAUAUGACCAUCAGAGGACAGUUAUUCUUCCUAAGGCUCGCCAUGAUUGGAUGCACUUGCGUCUACAAGAUUUCAAAUCAGUGGCUGACUAUAAUUCUGCUCUGUUCAGAAUUAGCUCUAAGUUACGACUUUGUGCAGAAAAUAUAACUGAUGCAGACCUAUUGGAGAAAACUUUCACCACAUUUCAUGCCUCCAAUGUGGUUUUGCAACAACAAUAUCGAGAACGAGGUUUCCAGAAGUAUUCAGACCUCAUAUCUUGUCUACUUCUAGCUGAACAGAAUAAUGAGCUUCUGAUGCAGAACCAUCAGUCCCGUCCAACUGGAUCUGCACCAUUCCAUGAAGUGAAUGCUGCCUUGGCACCAUCUCAUGAGGCAUAUGCUACCUCAUCACAUGGCGACCGUCGUCGAGGACGUGGUCGUGGUAGGGGUACCCGUAAUGGUCAAGUCCAAAAUAGUAAUAGCCACCGCUUGGGCCCAAGAAAUACCCAAGCAUCUCAUAACCACCAGAAGUGGAACAAACAAGACAAGGCAAAUGGCUCCCAACCUUCAGCUGACAGGGUGAUUGAGGAAGCAUGUCAUAGGUGUGGUACAAAUGGGCAUUGGGCACGUGUAUGCCGCACACCAAAACAUUUGGUUGAUCUUUACCAAGCCUCAAUCAAGGGCAAAGGAAAAAAGGUUGAGACAUAUUGGAUGGAUGCUGAUCCAACAGAGUUAGAACCAGUGGAUGCAACUCACCUUGAUGUCUCAGACUUCUUUGUUGAUACUGAUGGCAAAUCUUUUGAUCCUAUGAUUAGUGAUGGGAUACUCCCCAAUUAA